AUGGCACCUAAAGUCAAGAAGACAACGCCUCAACAGGAUGAAAAGCUACAGGCAGUGGUAUUGACUGACUCCUUUGAGACUCGAUUUGCACCAUUAAUCACCACCAAGCCAAGAUGUUUAUUGCCUUUGGUCAACGUUCCAUUAAUUGAAUAUACGAUGGAGUUUCUUGCCAAUGCAGGGAUAUCGGAAAUCUUUCUUGUUUGCUCAUCGCAUGCUGAUCAAAUACAAGAGUAUAUUGAGAAAUCCAAAUGGAAUGCCACGGUUAUUUUGUCAUUGGAGUCACGAUCAAUUGGUGAUGCGAUGAGAGAUAUUGACAAUCGUGGACUAAUAACUGGUGAUUUCCUUUUGGUUACUGGUGACAUUGUUAGUAAUAUUGAUUUCAAAAAAGUGUACGAUUUCCACAAGAGUAAGAAAGCUCAAGAUAAGGAUUACAUGAUGACGAUGAUUUUGACUCAAGCCUCACCAUUGCAUAGAACUAGAUCCCACAUUGAUCCAGCAGCAUUUGUUCUAGAUAAGAAAACAGACAAGUGCAUUUAUUACCAAGAUUUAUCCAAAUCAUCCAUUGAUAUAGAUCCUGAAUUGAUUGAAGAUGUCGACGAAUUUGUCAUUCGAAACGAUUUAAUUGACUGUCAUGUUGAUAUUUGCUCACCCCAUGUACCACAGAUUUUUCAAGAAAAUUUUGAUUACCAAUAUUUAAGAAGUGAUUUCUUGCGUGGGGUUUUAACUUCUGAUUUGUUGAAAAAGACAGUUUACACAUUUAUAAACCAAGAUUAUUCCGCCAGAGUGGAAAGUUGGGGCACUUAUGAUGCAGUUUCAAAGGAUAUUUUAGCUAGAUGGUGCUAUCCCAUUGUUCCUGAUGUUAAUUUAACCGACUCAUCGUACGCUUUUGAAUUUAACAACAUAUACAAGGAAGAGAAGGUUUUACUUGCCCAAUCAUGUAAAAUUGGUACAUCAGUAGCUAUUGGCAGAAAUUCAAAAGUUGGUGAUGGAAGUAGCAUCAAGAAAUCUGUAAUUGGAAGAAAUUGCGUCGUUGGCAAGAAUGUAUCCAUUUUGAACUCAUACAUUUGGGAUGAUUCAAUAAUAGAGGAUGGUGCCAAUAUAGAGUCCAGUAUUGUGGCAUCAUCAGGACAUAUCAAGGAGCUGGCAACAAUUUCCAAUAGUAUAAUUGGGUUUGAUGUAACUGUUGAUGCUGGUGAAAAUGUAUCCAAUUGUAAGGUCUCUAAAGACGAUGGAGUUGAGGUUGAGGGCAUGUUGUCACGUUUGAAACUCCUCAACCAUUCUGAUGAAUCAAUUGCAUCCGUAACCAAGAAGAAGAAACGUACCCAUUCACGAACUAGAAGACUUUCAUCCAACUCAAUGAUGUCAGAACCAGAAGAAGACUUUAGUGUCGAAGGUGUAGCAACUGUUUGUCGGGCAAUUGAAAACAAUCAUGACAUAGACACAGCACUCUUGGAGCUAAACACUUUACGUAUGUCAAUGAAUGUCAACUAUCAUGAUGUUCGAAGUGUAACCACUGAAGCAAUCUUGAAGAAAAUUGUUGAUUUUGUAUCCACCGAUACAUUGAAGCCGCAAGAAGCAGCAACUAAAUUGUUUACUCAUUGGGGAAAAAUGUAUCGUCGACAAACGUUUACUGCUGAAGAAGAAGUCGAUUUAUUGGAUAUUUUGGAGGAACAGAUUACCGAUUUAGAUCCUGAAUAUCAUCAAGUGGUGCUUUUCUGUGCGUUGAAAUCAUUGUAUGAUUUAGAAAUUGCUGAAGAGGAUAAUAUACUCAAAUGGUGGAGCAAAGGUGAUGUGAAAGCUCAAGUUAGAGGUUUGGCCAGUAAGUUUAUUAAUUGGUUGGAAGAGGCGGAAGAAGAUAGCGAAGAAGAGGAAGAAGAAGAAGAAGAAGAAGAGGAGGAGGAGGAUGAAUAG